AUGCUGUCGGGGCUAGGAGAGGUGUUGGCAGUUGUGCAACAGUGUGCAAAUCUGAUGAAAAUAUUUCGUGGGAAAAGUUCUGCACUCUUGGUCCGACAUCUUAGUCCUUGCGUCAUGUUCUGCGGAAGCAUUAGUUGGUUCAUCUGCAUUUUUGUGGCCGUAGUCAUAACUGUAAAUUGCAGUGACUCAGAUUCCAUUACAGGACCCGAUCUGGAAGUCAAUGUUUUACGCUUAAGAUCUGAAAACCCAGGACAGUCUGCAGUGGUGCCAGAAACAGAGGGUAAGGAGACCACAGGUGUGGGUCUGAGCGCCCUGCUGGACGCCGGGGAGGACGCCGUGGUGACCCUGGUGGCCGGCGACACGCGUCUCGCAGCGCACAGGGCCGUCCUGGCUUCCAGGAGCCCCGUGUUCCAAGCCAUGUUCCGGCAGGACCCGCUGGAGGCCAGCAGCGGUCAGGUCGCAGUCCAGGACGUGGAGGGCCCGGUGCUGCGCCAGCUGCUGGCCUACCUGUAUACACUCCAGGCCCCCCGGCUGCCCGGCAUGUCUGCACAGCUGCUGGCCGCAGCUGAUAAGUACGGCGUGUCGGCCCUGAAGGCGGAGUGCGAGCUGCAGCUGGCCGCACAGCUGUCCGUCGAGACAGCGGCGGCCACGGCUGCUCUCGCGGUCAGGCACUCCUCUGACAGCCUCAAGCAGGCGGCCAUUAAAUUCAUAAGGGCUCACUUGGUGCAGGUGAUUUUCACACGGGGCUGGGCUGACGCAGUGCGCUCCCAGCCUCAAGACAUGGCUGAUGUGUAUCGCCUGCUCUUGGAGACGCCAAUGGAAACCAGCGCGCCAGCUGUUGGAGACAGUGACAGCGGGGCCACCCCCACCACUGAGCCACACAGCGACCACGGCGGGACCCCUGCCACAGCCGCACCACCCACCACUCAACGCCCAGCCGCUCCACCUGAUGGCGACGCCCUCUCUCUCCUGCGAUAUGCUGACGCUCACCGAGAAGCCAACACUGGCACCCCACUGCAGACGCCGAGUAACACCACUGCACAACGUCAAAGACCGCCAGCAACUGCAGACGGCAGGACCACCCCCGCUACUGAGCUGCACAGCAACCGUGGCUGGACUUCGGUCACAGCUGCACCACCCACGACUCUGCACUCCACACUCUGGCCUGAUGGCAGCACCGCCUCUACUCUGCACACACCAGCCACUACAGACAGCUCAGUCGCCCCCACCACUAAGCUGGAGAGCAACCAUGGUGACCACAGCCGGACUUCCGCCUCAGCUACCACGCCCACAGCUGCCAGCCCGACUCCCUCAACCGAUAGCGCCGCCAUCACUCUGCUGAGGAGUAUUUCUGGAGAGGAGAAGGGCCGGAGGCUGAUACACGCAGCUAAGGAAGGGGCAGUGGAGGAGCUGCAGGCCCUGCUUAAGGCUGGAGCAGACGUGGAGGCGAUGGAUGGGAACAUGGAGACCGCCUUGCACUGGGCAGCGAAGCAGGGCCACGUGGAGGUAGCGAGGCGUCUGUUGGAGGCCGGGGCAGAAGUGGAAGCCAGGAACGAUAGGAAGAGCACGCCGCUGCAACUGGCUGCAGAGAGAGGCCACGCAGCUAUGGUGCAGUUACUCAUAGCGUCUAAUGCCGACGUCAAUGCCAAGAAUCAGUAUGAGAGUACAGCAAUGCACUAUGCGGCAGAGCACGGCCAUGCAGAAAUUGUGAAUACGUUGCUGGAGGCAAGGGGAGAAGUGGAUGCCAGGAAUGGGAAGCAGAGCACAGCUCUGCACAUUUCUGCAUGGAAAGGCCACACAGCUGUGGUGCGGCUGCUGUUGGCGUCUAAAGCCAACCCCAAUGCCGUGAAUAAAUUUGGGAUGACGCCGCUGCACUAUGCGGCCCAGCAGGGCCACAGUGAGGUGGCGACACUGCUGCUCGAGGCAGGGGCUAACAGGGAGGCCAGAGAUAAUGAUGGGAACACAUCACUAGACCUCGCAAGGCUGAAAAAACUCCAGAAGUUGAUAGAUAUGCUACGAUGAAGCUAGAAGUCCGUCAGAUAUGUCUAGACCAAAACCAGAUGAGUUUCAUCAAGUGAAUUUUGGUUCUUUUUAAAACAAAGAAUAUAAAAAGAUAAUCUGACAGUUGUUCCUUGUACACAAAUUAAUAUAGUGCUUACAUCUAAUCUACUAGCACUACAACAAAAACAAUAAUGAGAGAUACCUACUAACUAAUGUAAACACCAGGAAGCACGCUUCCUUUCGUGAAAAUUCGGAAAAAUCGAAACAUGCCCCAGCUACUGAUAAAGACCAGUUCUCUAUAUCUGAGUACUGAAAGAUACUUGAUAGGAACAUGUCUGGUGCAUUGAGAAACUACUGUGAAUUUGCAAGAAAUGUGUUCUCAAUUGCAAAUAUGGCGAGACUACAGCUGUGACCUCCAUUUCUCACCCCGUAUUCAUCUCCUGCAUUCACACAGUCACUGUGAUUGCUGCACAGAAGAAGACUCAUUAUUAUAGUUAUGACCUUUGACUAGACAUGAAAACAGUAUUUACAGUGCCAGUAUUUAAUGAUCUACUAUGCAGUGUUAUCUCAUUUAGCCUGUUCCAGGGCAACGAUAGUGUGGGCCACCAAAGAGGAUGCCAUAUUUUGAUUGCAUGGGGAUCUGAGACUAAGGGCUAGCCCUUUAUUUAGAAAACACAUUUGCUCGUGAUUAAAAAUGAUUCUAGUUUGGUUCUAAACCGUAUGGUAAAAGUUAAAAUUACAUUCAGGAGCUACUUGUGAAGCAGAGUCAAACCUGACACAUAAUCUCUCCAGCUUCCUGACAUUAGAACUAAUAAUAUUAUCCUUCAGACAAUCAACGAGAUACAUAAUAUGUGCAUAUGCAUCGCCGAAAAUAAAAUGGGUCAGUUCAUUAGAAAAUUUAAGGUGCAUUACAUAGGCUUUCCUAUUUAGGACACUUUUUAAAUAUAAAUGUCUAAUUUCUUUAAUUAUAGCAGUUUUCAUGAGCUGCUGAAUGUAACAUAGUGAGCUACCAGUAAUUCUAUGGAACAGUCUUCUGAUAGAAUUGGGGAUCACGUUAUAUGCUAGACACAGUUUAUUAAAAUUAAUGGUGGCUGAUGUCAGACAGAGUCUCUUGCGUUAAUUCAGAAAUCAGUAAUACGUUCCAAUUGACCUAUGUGGCAUUUUACUACAAACAAUCCUGCUGGAAGAACAUUCGCAACUAAGAAUUAUAUGUUGAAAAUACCACUUCA